AUGUCCACCUUCAACAUCAAGGGAGGUCUCCAUCACCGUGGCAAGACCCACGAGUACAAUUUCUUCUGGCGCAAGGAUGCCGUCGGCAUGUUUGAGCGCGCUGGCCGUGCCGCCGAGGAGGCGCAUGUCGACAUCGUGGUACUCUGGAGCAUCGACGCCUCGAAAUACGUCAUUCGAAAUCCAGAAAGCUGCGCCGUGCGUGCAUUCGUGUUUUGGGUCGAGGAACUCCUAAUCGCAUGGUUGAACACUCUGAACGACCGCACCGCGAUCACCGUCUUCCCCUCCACGCCCUAUGUGGGGGCCAAUAUGGUCUCGCCACUUACCCAAGGUGUCCCUGGCAUUAGCUGCGUCGACCCCGAGGAGCGCUUGAGGCGCCUGCGCGCCAAUGCCCUCAGGUACUACUACGCCCACGCCAAGACCCCCGCACAAAGGGCCGCCAUGAACGCCUACUCCAAGGCGUGGAGGCAGCGAAACGGCGAGAGGGAGUCUAGGAGGCGCAGGGAGGUUUACGCCUCGCGGUCGGACGAGCAAGUCGCCGUCACAGCGGCGAAGCGAAAGGAGUACUACUCGUCACACCGAACAGAGAUCCUGGCACAGAAGCACGGAUACUACGCCGACAACAAGACCACCAUCCUCGCGAAACAGAAGGCCGCAUACCAGUCAAACGGGCCCGAGAUCCUCGCGACCCGGAGAUCCAAGCGCGAUGAAAGGACGGACGAGCAGAGGGAGGCGGAUUCGUAG